CCGCUCCGACGCCAGCAGCGCCCGCGUGCCGCUCGCCCAGCCCCGGGGGAGCCCGAGCAAGUUUCCCGGGCCGCGCGCCCCGAUCGCUCGCCUCCCAGCCCGCGGCCCCGGCCGCCCCCGCGCCCGCCAUGCCCUCGGCCAAACAAAGGGGCUCCAAGGGCGGCCACGGCGCCGCGAGCCCCUCGGAGAAGGGCGCCCACCCGUCGGGCGGCGCGGAUGACGUGGCGAAGAAGCCGCCGCCGGCGCCGCAGCAGCCUCCGCCGCCCGCCCCGCACCCGCCGCAGCACCCGCAGCAGCAUCCGCAGAACCAGGCGCACGGCAAGGGCGGCCACCGCGGCGGUGGCAGGUCCUCCGGCGCCGCCGCCGCCGCCUCGUCCUCGGCGUCCUGCUCGCGCAGGCUCGGCCGCGCGCUCAACUUUCUCUUCUACCUCGCCCUGGUGGCAGCGGCCGCCUUCUCGGGCUGGUGUGUCCACCACGUCCUGGAGGAGGUCCAGCAGGUCCGGCGUAGCCACCAGGACUUCUCUCGGCAGAAGGAGGAGCUGGGCCAGGGCUUGCAGGGCGUCGAGCAGAAGGUUCAGUCUCUGCAAGCCACAUUUGGGACUUUUGAGUCCAUCUUGAGAAGCUCCCAACAUAAGCAAGACCUCACAGAGAAAGCUGUGAAGCAAGGGGAGAGUGAAGUCAACCGGAUCAGCGAAGUUCUGCAAAAACUCCAGAACGAGAUUCUCAAAGACCUCUCGGAUGGGAUCCACGUGGUGAAGGAUGCCCGAGAGCGGGACUUCACAUCCCUGGAGAACACGGUGGAAGAAAGGCUGACGGAGCUCACCAAGUCCAUCAACGACAACAUUGCCAUCUUCACCGACGUCCAGAAGAGGAGCCAGAAGGAAAUCAAUGACGUGAAGGCGAAGGUUGCCUCUCUGGAAGCAUCUGAGGGGUACAAGCAGGAUCUGAAAGCCUUGAAGGAAGCUGUGAAGGAGAUACAAGCCUCUGCGAAGACCAGAGAGAGGGACAUGGAGGGACUGAGGAGCACCCUCCGGACCAUGGAGGCUGACGUCUACACGGAGGUCAGGGAGCUGGUGAGCCUCAAGCAGGAGCAGCAGGCAUUCAAGGAGGCCGUGGACACAGAGCGUCUUGCCCUGCAGGCCCUCACGGAGAAGCUUCUCCGGUCUGAGGAGUCUGUCUCCCGCCUCCCAGAGGAGAUCAGGAGACUGGAGGAAGAGCUAAGCCAGUUGAAGGCCGAUUCCCACAGGCCGGAUGAAGAUGGAGUCUUCAAACACUCCGCUGCCCUAGAAGCGCUUCAGAGAACGAGUCAGGGAUUGGACUCCAGGCUCCAGCACGUGGAGGAUGGAGUCCACUCUGUGCAGGAGGCCACCGUGCGCCAGACCGAGAGCCUGGAAUCCCUCCUGUCCAAGAGCCAGGAGCAUGAGCGGCGCCUAGCUGCCCUGCAGGGCCGCCUGGAAGGCCUGGCGUCCUCCUCAGAGGCAGACAAGGAUGGCGUGGCCGGCACCGUGAGGAGCCUGGGCGAGGCCCAGCUCGCGCUCUACAGCGACGUGGAGGAGCUGAAGAGGAGCAUGGGCGAGCUCCCCAGCACCGUGGAGUCGCUGCAGAAGGUGCAGGAGCAGGUGCACACGCUGCUCGGCCAGGACCGCGCCCAGGCUGCCCGGCUGCCUUCUCAGGACGUCCUGGACAGACUUGCUUCCCUAGACAACCUAAAAUCCUCAGUGAGCCAAGUGGAGUCGGACUUGAAAAUGCUCAGGACUGCUGUGGACAGUUUGGUCGCAUACUCGGUCAAAAUAGAAACCAACGAGAACAACCUGGAAUCAGCCAAGGGUUUACUGGAUGACCUGAGAAAUGACCUGGAUAGGUUGUUUGUGAAAGUGGAAAAGAUUCACGAGAAAGUCUAAAUGAAUUGUUUGUGCAGGGUGCGGAUUUAAAGUCCAAUUUCUCAUGACCAAAAAAAUGUGUUGUUUUCUCCCAUGUGCCCCCACCCCACCUUCUCAUCCCCUCGACCGGUAGAUGCCACCUGAACACCAAGGCAUUGUACUUGUGUCCCCAAUUAAUUUAUUUACAGUUAUUACCACACACCAUUGGUUUCUUCAGGUCCCUGCUUCUGCUUUUGGUUGGUUUCCUUGAAGGCCCAGCCCCUGUGACUAAGAGGUGGCUUUCAGAAGGGAUGUUUCUCAUGUCUGAGAAAAAUGAUAGUGGCUUCAGUGUAGGAUUAACAGAAGCAGAUUAACCUCAAAAAUCCUGUCUGGCUGGCAGAUUUCAAAUUUAAAAAGGGGGGGGGGGCGGGACUUUUCUUUCUAAUUGUCUUUAAGGAAAAUGAAUUUUAUUUCUUUUUUUUAUACUUCUAGCUGAAGUUUUUAUGAAAGAGCUCACUUGUUGUCUUCCACUUAAACUGGUUAAAACUCAUAGAUGUCGAUUCUGAAGCAGGAGGGAUGGAAGCCCCCCGGCCUUUAUUUUAUAAGAAUGGGCUACCUGACAGUCUCCUCCCGAGGUGUGAGUGUCUUUUCCAUUCCUGAAUCAUCUAGUGAUAUCAAAGGUAACUAUGCAAAGAAUCCAGACGGUUCCGAAUGUGAAAGCACAACACCCAGCAGAGUCCCGGUGCCCAUCUGUCCCUGGUGGCCGGCCUGUGUCAGCUCUCCGGAGGGUCACCAGAUAAUGCAUAGGGUUAGAGGUUUAGAACCCCAGACCCGGGAGUCCUUGAGUUCUUUUAAGAAAUGUAUUAUGAGACUGUCCAUACACAGGGCAGGAAUGGGAUGUCUCUCUGGAGAAUGUAGGCCAAAUCUUUCUAUUUUCACACGAUGGAUGCCCAUGAAGAGGUUUGCCAUCAGAGCAGACCCAUCUGUCAGGAGCGUGUGCACUGCAUUUCUGUAAUUGUUCGCUGUAUCUCCCUUCCCAUUUGAGCUGUAUUGUUCUUCCUUAAUGGCCGUCUUGCCCUUCAAAAAAACAAAAAAACAAAAAACAAAAAAAAAAAAAAAGAAAAAAACCCCCUGAAAAGUAAAAUAAAAAAAAAAAGUUUGUUUAGUUUACUGUGAAAUGAACUGUAUGGCUUAUUUACAGUAUUUUUAAUUCCUAAUAAACACUUGAGCUUUGUUAUGA